AAAAGUCAAACUAGAACAUAUACACACGACCCCUUGCCCCUUCCAACUGGCCGCAUUUGAGACGAAACAGAGUACACAAGACAAGGCCCUCCUCCUCCCUUCUCUCCAUUGCUCCAUCUCACGCCCACCACGAGCUAGCUACUACUACUGUCCCAUCAGGGAGGCCGGCCAGGAAGAUCGAGGCAUGGCCGAGGCCGUCCGGGACGACCAUCGCGGCGUGGUCGACAUCGUCGAGGACGACGACACCGGCCUGCACCCGAGCAAUCACGGCGACAGCACGUGGGAGAUAGAGGAGCUGGAGCCGGAAGACCGGACGGCCGGGCCGCCUCCUCGCCUUUCUCCCCGGGCAGCGGCCACCUCCGACGCCGACGACGUGUACGUGGCGGUGGGCAAGGGCGGGUCCAGCAUGGCGGCGCUGUCGUGGGCGCUGCGGCGGCUCGCGAGGCCGCGGAGCUUCGUCUACCUUGUGCACGUCUUCCCCGUCGUCGCCACCAUCCCCACCCCAUUAGGAAUGAUGCCUAAGAGACAAGCAACGCCAGAGCAGGUAGAAACUUACAUGAACCAAGAGAGAUCCAAGAGGCGAGAGAUGCUGCAAAAAUUUCUGGACCACUGUCGCAACUUUCAGGUUAAUGUCGAUGUGUACCUCAUCGAGAGUGAUCAAAUUGCCGAUGCGGUCACUGAACUUAUCCCUGUUCUGAACAUAAAGCAGCUAGUACUGGGGGUUGCGAAGUCCAACUUGCGGAAGUUGAAGAAAGGAAACACAAUAGCAGGACAGAUACAGAAGAAUGCACCUCUCUACUGCGAAGUCAAGAUUGUCUGUGAUGGCAAAGAAGUUACGGCGGCGACGACUACUGAUCCAACGCCACCAUUCUCACCUUCCCCUGUAAAUAACAACAGCAGAUCUCGCACCCCGACACCGCCAUCAUCUACGCCAAAUCGCGAUAGCAUGGAGGCAGUUCAUGGCAAAAAUGAUGACAAAACCAAAGAAAGAAGGAAGAUUCCCAAGUUUCUGAGGUGCCUGUCAUCCUGAUUGCUCUUCCAGUCGCUUUCACAGCUGGAAUGCUGUAUGCGCCCAUCUUCAGGUAGCAAAAAGUUUGUGAUUAAAAGUUUUGCCAUAUUUUGAAUUUUAAACUUCUCGAUCUAUGGUGUACAAAUGAGAUAAUUUACCUUACAUGGAGCUUUUCAGCGUA